AUUAACCUGCGCGCUGUCACAUUCCAGCUCUCGCGCUGCCUUUUCGACACUCUCCCUCAUAGCAAUAUCUUAAAAUAAACUGUCUUCUCUUGACCAGUACUGCGUCGCUUUGUCCGUCCACCGCGUUCUCAUGCGUUUAAAGGGAGAGCGUUCUCCUUGAUCUAAAUAUAACGCAGAGCUCUGCGGGGUGAAGAGGUUUAGCGGGCAUGCGCAGUGCACAGUACGCGGAAUUGUGCACGGAGCAGUGCGACAGCAGUGCACACGCACAAAUGGACGCCAGCACGCAGGAAGAUUGUCAUGAGGACUAUAUAAUGAACAGCACAGAUCCCGAUCCGGAUGCAGAAGCUUAUAUGAACUUCAUUAAGAAGCACUGUUGUUACGAUGCGAUCCCCACCAGCUGCAAACUGGUCAUUUUUGACACCACAUUGCAGGUGAAGAAGGCCUUUUUUGCUUUAGUAGCGAAUGGUCUGAGGGCCGCCCCUCUUUGGGACAACAAACAACAGAGAUUUGUGGGAAUGCUGACAAUUACAGACUUCAUCAACAUUCUUCAUCGGUAUUAUAAGUCACCUAUGGUUCAGAUCUAUGAAUUGGAGGAACAUAAGAUUGAGACAUGGAGAGGUGAUUCAUUUCAAAACAUCUACUUGCAAUAUCAGGAUCAAUGUCUCGUCAGUAUCACACCCGAUGCAAGUCUUUUUGAUGCCGUCUACUCUUUACUGAAACACAAAAUCCACAGGCUGCCGGUUAUUGACCCAGAGUCUGGAAAUGUCCUACACAUACUGACCCAUAAGAGAAUCCUCAAGUUCCUUUAUUUAUUUGGAGGCAUGGUGUCCAAGCCACGCUUCUUGAAGAUGCAGAUUAAAGAUGCAGCGAUAGGGACUUUCACAGACAUAGCCACUGUACGACAGACAGCCACUGUUUUCGAUGCACUUACUGUGUUUGUUGAGCGACGGGUGUCUGCCCUCCCAGUGGUGGACGAGGAUGGAAAGGUGGUCGCCCUGUAUUCGAGAUUUGAUGUGAUUAAUCUUGCUGCACAGAAAACCUAUAAUAACCUGAGCAUGAGCAUGCAGGAGGCGGUGAGGAGGAGACGGUGUUUUGUGGAAGGAGUCAUUAAAUGUUACCCUGACGAGACGUUGGAAACCGUUAUUGACAGAAUUGUCAAAGCAGAGGUCCAUAGGUUGGUGCUUGUGGACAGAGAUGACAUGGUUCGGGGAAUAAUCUCUCUCUCAGACCUGCUACAGGCUAUAGUCUUAUCUCCAGCAGGUAUUGAUGCACUGUUUUCCUAACCUGAGAGGAUAUGUUUACUCCUCUUCUCUCAUCUAACCAACACUAGUAUUCAGGUAUUGAAAUCGGAUAGAACUACUGCAGGCAAGAAUGAAGAAAGAACCGUUCUGCAGUGAAAAGAUUGCAAAGAAACGUUGCAUUUUUUUACAUUAAGUUGUCCCUUUUAUGUUGUGUAUGUAUUUAAAAAUAAUGUCUAAAAUAACAUACAUUUCUCAUUAAAUUGAGAGAUAUGUUUUAUAAUAACAUAUACAUAGAAAACAGCUGUUUUAUGUUUUUAUGUAACAGUGAGCACAUGUGGGCUUUGGUUUUGAUCAAAUUGAUCAUCUAGUUUGCCUUUGUGGGCUAUUUUAUGAAAUGUAUUGUCAGAUUAUCAUGUUUUUGUACUGUAAUUGUUAUCUGCUUAUUUUCCUGCUCAACAAAUAACUGAAUAACUAAUCAUUUAUACUAAGAAAGUUGUAAACCAGAGAGGACAUCUGUUGCAACCACAGUGAAGCAAUUGUUUCUAGCUAAUAACAAUUUCCUAAAUUAACCUCCAGAAAGCCGAAUCCCCCUCUUAGUCGCAUUGAAAUGCCAGGACGCUUUUUGUCUUACUGGAGACAUUUGUACAAUAAAAAGUAUAAUCAUGUACAUAUAUUAUUUCCAAAGAUUUGUAUCUGGUAUAACAAUGUAAAUAUGCAGUAGAAAUGAUUUCUGAAACGAUUCUAUAAAAUCCUUAUACAGUAAUCAAAAAACAGCAGUGAUUGGUAAAUCUUAACUAGCGCUGUGAAAAGCACCAGUAACUACUUGACAACAUCAUCCAUGACAUUUAUAUGCAUUAUUAAAAUACAUAGUGAAGACCCUGA